AAGCCGCGGGCGACACACCGAGCAACACUACCGCCGGGCUGUGGUGGCCGGACACCGGGUAUCUGUCGACCAGAGGCAGCCGGCUCUCUCCCAGAGCUCCGUGUCGGAGAGUGAAUGAGGUUGAUGCUGCUCUGCUGCACCUGGAAGGACGAACGCAUGGGAGAGGAGGAAGCUGGCGGAAGCUUGCCCGUUUGUGCGGGAUGCAGACAGAGGAUCUAUGAUGAGCAGUACCUCCAGGCCCUCAACACCGACUGGCACACCAUCUGCUUCAGGUGUUGUGAGUGCAGUGCAUCACUGUCGCACUGGUACUAUGAAAAAGAUGGCCGGCUCUUCUGCAAGAAGGACUACUGGGCCAAAUUUGGGGAGCUGUGCCACGGCUGCAACGACCCCAUCACUACCGGCCUCAUCAUGGUCGCAGGGGAACAGAAGUACCACCCAGAAUGCUUCACCUGUCUGAACUGCAGGGCUUUCAUCGGGGACGGCGACACAUAUGCCCUGGUGGAGAGGUCCAAACUCUACUGCGGUCACUGUUACUACCAGACUGUGGUGACCCCGGUGUCGCUGCCGGAUUCGCCGUGCUCACGGAUCCCUCACACAGUCACGCUGGUGUCCAUCCCAGCCUCUGCCGACGGCAACAAUGGACGCAGGGGGCGGGGCUUCUCUGUGGCCAUCGACCAGCCCCUCAGCCCCACCAACGGCUACAGCCCCGAACACGGACACACCGUCAGAGUCUCGCAGGUGGACGCAGACUGCAUCAGUCCCGAUGUGAAAAAUUCCAUUCACGUUGGAGAUCGGAUCCUGGAAAUCAAUGGCACGCCCAUUCACAAUGUUCCUCUGGAUGAGAUCGACCUGCUGAUCCAGGAGACCAGUCGGCUGCUCCAGCUCACCAUCGAACACGACCCCCACAGCCAGGGGCAGGAGGGGGGCUCCUCAGAGGUGGAGGAGCAGGCAGACGAGCCCCUGUCCACCCCUCUGUCAGAGGGACCCAGCCCCAUCCUGCCCAUCACCCAGCCCCCCAAUCCCGACAUCAACAGUCUGCGCUCUCGCAUCAUCACGCGGAGCUACAGCAUUGAUAAGUCGCCGUGCUCCAGUAACGCAGCAUCCCCGCUCUCGCAGAGGAAGGACAUCAACCGCUCCGAGUCGCUCCGUGUCGUGUCAAACCGCACGCACCGCAUCUUCCGCCCAUCCGACCUCAUCCAUGGAGAGGUGCUGGGGAAGGGAUGCUUUGGGCAGGCCAUCAAGGUGACCCACAGGGAGACAGGGGAGGUGAUGGUGAUGAAAGAGUUGAUUCGCUUUGAUGACGAGACACAGAGGACAUUCCUGAAAGAGGUGAAGGUAAUGCGCUGCCUCGACCACCCCAACGUGCUGAGGUUCAUCGGUGUCCUGUACAAGGACAAGAGACUCAACUUCAUCGCAGAGUACAUCAAGGGAGGCACCUUGAGGGACAUCAUCAAGAAAAUGGACAGCAACUAUCCGUGGAACCAGCGAGUCAGUUUUGCCAAGGACAUCGCUUCUGGGAUGGCAUAUCUGCAUUCCAUGAACAUAAUCCACCGAGACCUGAACUCUCACAACUGUCUGGUCCGAGAGAACAACACGGUGGUGGUGGCAGACUUUGGCUUGGCACGGCUCAUGGUGGAAGACAAGCACCAGGACAAGCUGUCCCAGGGUAAGCUGCCAGGCCUGAAGAAGCCCGACCGCAGGAAGAGAUACACCGUGGUGGGCAACCCCUACUGGAUGGCUCCGGAGAUGAUCCACGGAAAAAGCUACGAUGAGAGAGUGGAUAUUUUCUCCUUCGGCAUCAUGCUCUGCGAGAUAAUCGGCAGGGUGAACGCAGACCCAGACUACCUCCCCAGGGCGGUGGACUUUGGACUGAAUGUGUCUGGCUUCCUGGAGCACUACUGUCCCCCUGACUGUCCCCCCGCCUUCUUUCCCAUGGCUGCUAUGUGCUGCGACCUUGACGCAGACAAACGCCCUGCUUUCACCAAACUGGAGGAGUGGCUUGAGAACCUGAAGAUGCACCUGGACAUCGGCCUGCCCAUGGUGUCUGAACUGGACCAGUUGCACAAGGCCUUCUGGGAGAACCACAGCGUCACCCGCUCUGAGAACGGCCUGCACCCCCACCCCGAGCAGCCUGAGUAGGCUGGGUCGGACAGGAGGAGUGGGACAUUGGCAUGAACCCCGCGAGCGUGACGGAAAGCGUUACAGUGGUCAUCGGUAAGGGCGGUGUGGAAAACCACCUACCUCAGGCGGUGCAGUGGCUGGUGCUGCUUUGCCCAAGAGGAGGUGCAGUUGUAAAUACCCUUCCAUGCCCCAAGGCGGACGCAGCGGGCAGAGGCUGGCACAGGCUGGCUCCGGCUUAACGAGCAGACUCAGGGGGAAAAAAAAAUGUGGAUCUGAAAAGCCACCUGUGUGAGACGCGCACACACAUUCAAAGUCAAAUCAAGAGACAAUUCACUGCUAUAGCUUGAUUCUGCUGCACCCUCAGCUAAACAGGAACAAGUCAUAUGCAAUCAGACCCCACCUUGAAAUCAUGACUCUACUCCUGAAUCAUGUGCAUUGUAGAUUUAACACCAGUGGGUUUUUUCACCUUUCAUGCCAUCCACAAUUACUUGCUGUACUUACUGUAAGGUGUAUAUUCAUGGGGAUGAAGAAGUCCUAAAAAACAAAAACAAAAAACAACAACAAAAAAAAAAAAAAAAAAACAAGGCGUAAAACAUUCAGCCUACUCCCUUUGGGUCCCUACAGAGUGCAUUGUACAGUACAUGUUUGCAGGUGUUUCUGUAUGUGUGUGUGCGUGUGUGUGUGACUUUGGUUUGAUUUUGGUUUUGUUUUUGGUUUGCAUAUCAAAACUCCAGCUUGAGAAGACUGCAAAAAGGAGAGGGGCCCAUUUUACAUGCGAGACAGACACACACAUUGUCCAGUUGUAGGAUAUAGUCAAGACGAGCCUUUGAAGCUUAAGAUAGCUUUCGUAAAAGUGCAUGACUGUAAAUAAUACCGUCAGGUCAUAUCCUUGUCCAUCGUAUCCCUCUCCCCUUUCAUGCAGCUGGCCACAUGUGGUCAUUUACAGUAGAAUGUUAUUACUCGGCCUGCCGGUGUCUAUUGCGCUGCCCCCCUCCCUUACAUUGUGUAGCACUGACUUAAACUCCGAGGUACACAUCUUUUGCAUAAAUUUGGUACAUCGUCUCCCGAUCUCACAAGCAGUUACAUAAUCAUGUUGACGUGAUAUCUUACGCAUUCAGAGUCAUAGCGAUGUACAUAGCUGGUAACAUUGUAAAUGUUUUAAAUAUUGUAAAUGUAAAAACAUAUUUUAUAUACGUAUGCUACAUUGCCAUAUUUUUAUUGGCCGACCAGUUGAAAAUAAGGAGAGAAAAGGUUUGACUGCAGUUAACAGGGCACAGGCAUUUUUUUUGUUUGUUUUUUUAAUAAUUUACACUUGUCACCAUGGCGGCUGGUUAGGGGCUUUAAAUAUUGGAGAGUAGUAAUCCUAGCACCCUAAAAGCUCACCCUACCCUCACUUGAGAGCAGUGUAACUCUCUGUCGUAUCCCUCCACCCACCAACUCUCAGCGCAGCCUUGUCGAACCAAAUCCUUGUAUCAUGAUCAAAUCUGAUGAUACUUGAGAGUUUUGAGGGCAAAGAGUUGUUACUAGUUUGCUCUCGUCUCACACACUUCACUGUAGUUCAGUCGUGGAAGUGGUGGAAACAGGUACCUCCGCAUCGUGUCAGCUGUCUGUCCACGCAACUGUCUCUCCUUUUGUGGAUAACCCACUCUUUGUUUACAUGUAAAUGUUUGCUGUAAAUCUCGCCGUUUGUGUCUGUCUUUAUAUUUGUCUCUGUGCAUUGCAUAUAUUGUAACAUGCGCCUUCGCACUCCUCAGAAAUGAUCUCUCUCACUGUCAGAUUCCUCCCUCGCACCUUCUUCUAACGUUGAUUUCCUCUCUACGAUCUAAGAAUCUUGUCAUUUCCUACUCUCGUUUUCAUGAGCUGCAUGGUCUUUUAGCUGUGUGUAUUUACUUCUGCUACUAAACCAAGCUAUUUUUGUCUCUAAAUAUUGUGAUUUUUAAAUAAGAAAAUGGAAUGAAAAGACAAAAGUAAAUGAAGACAGGCUAAAAAGGAAAUGAGUAAAAAAAACAAACAAACACAGCAUCUGUUUUUAUAUAUAACCACUGAAAUCUUUUUGUAUAGAUUUGAGUACUUUAAUUUGCACUAUAUUAACAAAUGGCUGGUUGAGGCCAUGUUUUUUUAUUUUCCUCUCUUGGGCUACUUGUGAUAAGGAAUUAAAAAAUGUUGGUUCAGGUAGUUAUAUGAAUGCAAGACACUGAUAGAGCCUUUCAAUCGUAAAAAAAUGGAUUCUGGGUAAUUCAUCCUCUUGGUAACAAACUGGACUCCUUGGAAAUUAGUGCGGCUACAGUCAAUGUGGCUUGUUUCGAAUCGUUUUUUGGCUGUGGUUGCAGUUCUUGCAGGACCCUUGUAAAUACUGCUCCAUCCCUCUGCAACUUUCCUGUCAACUACAACUGCUGUACAUCUGAGCUUCAUGCGCCAAUGGUCAUAUUGACUAUAUUUUCAUUUUCAAGCAAAAAACAAAAACAAAAUUAAAAAAAAAAAAAAAAAAGUCUCAGCUGAAAGUAGCAUCACGGCCAGUUUAAUGGAUCCUGAAUGACACAGCUUUCUUGUCUUUGCUACCAAGAGGAUGCGGUGACCCAGCUCUGCCUGCUGCCUACAGACUGGUCCUUUGUGAAUGAUGUCCUGUGUUGUUCCUGACUGCUUGUUUUCACUAUGUGAUGUCCAUAGAAGCUUCAACCACUGUUGGCCCCUCGUAUAAAUAGAGCACUUACACUGGCCUGUGAUCCAGCUCUUCAUCGUACCCCCUUUUGGCUCAGGGCCGUAAUUUUCUGGAGCUACUUUACAAUUCAGUUAACACAGCGACACAGGAAAGCAGUAUUCUCUAAUCAAGACUCAGAGGAGCAUGCAACCCCCCCCCCACUGUCCUGAUAUAACCCAACAGGCAAAAUAUUCCUCUCUAGAGUGAGCCCGUCUCGGUGAACCUGUUUGUCCGUGGGCAUGUACAUGAGCGGCUUUGCCAUGUAUCUUAUCUCCAUUCCUGUGUGAGCCAUGUCGAGCAUGUUAGAUGUGUCCGUGUGGAUGUGUUGAUGAUCGAUGAGAAUGUUGCAGCAGCACUUCUUUGCAAAGGAUCGUUACCUCUGAACAAUGCUGUGCCUUUGUUGUAAGCUAGCCUUGCCAACGACUCGAAACGUGUUCUUUGAACUGAUUUCCUUUGUUUGUUUUGGUUGGGGGUUUUUUUUGUGUGUGUGUAUCAUAAGUGCAAGCCUGAUUCAAGUGGAUUGAAUAUCAUUGCUGAUAUUAUGAGAUUUCGUCUUGUUCUGUAUCAUAUUUAUAUUUUCCAGAUCUCCAUUGUCAGUUUUGAUAUUUUAGGAUUAUAUUUCUUCUUCUUUUUUUUUUGUGUCCUAUUUAAUUUUUUACACAAGCUGUGAAAACAAUUCUGCACUUUAAUCCUGAACGUGAACAUUUAGAAUCUGAGGAGGUGACUGUUUUUUUGUCACAGCUGAAAUAAAACUGUUGCUCCUUAAA